UUUAAUCAAUAAAUUUGUUAAACGGAAUUUUAUAUUUUGGAGGAAAAUCGUUAGAGUCGUUUAGUUGGCAAAAUGAGUACCGAGGAUAAAGAUGUCAAAGGCAAAAAGGGAGGCAAGGGUAAAGGUAAAAAGGGCAAAAAGGCGGAUCCUAAUAAAUUAAAUCAAGUGGAUAAGACUUUCUAUGAAUUGACUAUAACGGAUUUGAACCAAAAAUUGGCACGUUUGAGAAGCCAUUUGGCGACUUUGGAUGAUACUAAUAAUAAUUUAAAAGAAAAGCUUAGAAGUCUGGAGGAGGAUCGCACAGAUGUGGCGGCCCAUUUGGAAAAGACUUUGGCCGAACGUAAUGAUAGUAUUAAAGAGCUGGAGGAGCGUUUGGUGGAAAUCACCAAAGUGCGCAACAAUGAGAAGCUGCAGGCUGAAGAGCAUAUUAAGGAUUUGGAGAAUAAAUACAAAUCCAUGCAUGAUCAAUUGACCUCGGAAAUUAAGCUGCUAAAUGGUAAGCUUAACUCCUUAGAUGAGUUUCGUAUACAACGUGAUGUUCUGCUGGCCAAGUUUGAUGAUCAAGAAGCUGAGCUUAAGGAAAAGGAUCGGGCUCAUCAAGAGGCUGUUUACAAUAUGGAGCAGAAAGCAGUAGUGGAAAAAGAUGCCUUGAAAAAGGAAGUGGAGGCCAAACUUUUACAGGUUUCCGAAGAUUUCACACGCUCCAGUGAGAUACGCAAUGCCGGCUAUACCAGACGCUUGAUUAGAGAGAAUAUAGCUCUACAAAAGGAAAUCGAUAUACUAGUAUUGUCGCAACUCAAAAUGCAGCAAGAUUUCAAUGAACAUGUGCAAAAGAAUAAAGAAAUGGCGGAACAAUAUGCCGCUCUAGACCAACUGAAAAAUCAAUUAAUCAAAAGUUCUCAAAAUAAGAUACGCAUCAUAGAGAAACUCACCGAUAACUAUGAACGUUUGAAAACCAAAUACACCGAAGUAGUAAAAUAUCGUGCUCUCUAUGAAAACAUUACAAAAAAGGAUGUAUGUGAUCAAUUCUCCUUUAACGAAACCACCAAGAAAUUAAGAGUUUUGGGUCAGCAUGUAGAAGGUUUGAAAUUGGAAAAGAAUCGUUUAAUGGCUUUGCAUGAGCAACAAGAAGCCGAAAUCAUACGUUUGCAAACAGUUAUACAACAAAUCAAGUUAACUGUGCAAAUAGCCAUUAAAGCCAUAGAAGAAGAUAAGCUGCCACCCGCUCAGGAAAGCGGCGAAGCUGAUGAGUCUGCUCUGAGACAAGUUAAGCGUCAGAAUUUACUUUCCGAAUUAAUGGAACUUGUAAGCAGUCAUUCGGAGCGUUUGCCUGAAACACCCUCCAUUCAAACUAUUUCACGUUCUCGCUCCUCGCUAUAUCGUCCCGGUAAAAUGGGUUUCAUGCCUCGCACUGCCUCCUCUCUUAUGGAAAUCUUCAAAAGAGAAGCUCAAAAACUUACCUCCACAGAAGUGGUAGCACCUGAGUUUCAAGUCGAAUACAAGGACUCGCAAAUCAUACCCAAAGAACGCAUCAGUGAAGCGGGCUCUAUAGUUGAUGUUGAAAUGGGUUCUACUUUAAUAGUUUCCUCUUCCCAUGAAGACUUGGAGGUAGUACAAAUGGAUGAGCAGGAAGGUGAAGAUUUGGGAGAGGAAGGUUCCAGUAGUGAUUUUGCCUCUGCUCCGGCUGAUACGACUACUGACCACUUGGCUUCGACUGCAGAUGAAUCGCGUAAAAGUGUCUCUACAAAACGUGAGGGAGAGGAAGCGUCGGAUGUGUCGGCGGAGCUGGGUAAAAGGGGUCAAGAGGCAGACACCAUAUCAAGAGGUUCUCGAGUAUCUCGCAUGUCGCGGAUUCAAAGCUUGCCACCUAUUGAUACCGAAGAGUAUUCCAUAAAUGUUUUGUACUAGAGAUUUU